AUGCGCGCCACAUCCCUCCUUGCACUCAUAUUCCUUUCCACGUCUUUCGUCUCUCAUCAAUCUAUCGCUGCUCCAGCAAGUUCGCCAGUCUCUUUCGGUCGAGAGUUCUUCCGCCCAAGAGAUUUUGCACAAUAUGGCAUACAGAUCGAUGGUCACCAUACAGCCAAGGCUAUCCGGCGAAGAGAUAAUCCCACAACCACCACUGCUAAAGGCAACGAUACACCUACAAAAGCUCCGACAGCAUCCACUUCAGCGGCCAGUACGGGCGCUGCCACAAAUGGCACAAAUCCGAGCUCAAUCUAUUCUGAUCAACCCGUUCCAACUGGCACCCUGUCUACAGGUGCCAUUGCUGGUCUCAGUGUUGUAGCAGGUAUAUUCGUAGUAGGCGCUAUUAUCUUUGCAUGUGUUCGCAAGAAGAAACGUGAUGAGAGAACGUCAGCUAUUGUUGCCAAAUCGGCAGUGGCAUUUGAGCAACAGACCCAUGACUACGAGAAGCUAGAAGAACCAGAAUCACUUGGUACAUUUACUGUCGUCAGCACGUAUACACCGAACAUGGAUGAUGAACUAGAAAUACAGCCCGGAGACAAGGUUACAGUUCUAGUGACUUAUGAUGAUGGUUGGGUGCAGGGUGUUAAUGAGACACGCGAUGGAGCAAAAGGCGUCUUCCCGCGUCAUUGUAUAGAUAUGGAUGGCAAAAAGACAAGCACGGCCUACGAAAAGAGAAGUAGUUCGAUGAACGGAUUUACGUCUGUAAAUCUCAAUUAG